UGUGUUGUGAAUAUUUGGUUGUUGUGUUGUUAAACAUGGAUAAACAUUUGUUAAAAAGCACUGCCCAAAAGCUAAAUGUGCACGAUGAAACUGUAUUGAAAAAAACUGAGGAGUUUGUACGACUUUAUCAAAGCAAAGGUUCGAUAAAAACCCUUAACCUUCAGGCUACAACAAUUUUAUGCCUAGACCUCGCUUGCCUGUCGUUAGGAAAUGGAUUUGACAAGGAAGCAGCCCUUAUCUUAAGCGGUUUGAAAAAAUCAGCCUACCAAAACAACUUGAACAAUAUAGAAAAAAUCUUAGGACUAGAUAAACCAAUAAGUAUAACAGAUAUUUGUGUAAAGCUAGGCUGCACCGUAAUCAAAGAAGAUGCAGAAAAAAUAUUAACUAGAUACCAAAAAUUAGACAAUAAAAUUAAAGAUUUGGAGCAUCCUCAGUAUGUUGCUGCUGCAACAUUUGUAGCUUGCAAAGCUAAAAAAGUAUCAAUUGAUAAAUCAAAAAUAGUUACUUUAAGUAGACUAAAACCAUCACAAUGGAAAGAGCUUAUAAGCAUGUUUGAGAGUUUAGGUUUAGGCAAAACAAGUCCAAGGAAAAAAACUAAAGGACCAAGUGCCAAGGAUGAUGAAAUUGUUGCAGAAAUAGAAUGUCAAGAAAUCACAAAAGAUGAAGUUGAAGAAGUUGAGGAUUAUGAAGUAUGGAAAAAGAGGAUUUUGGAAGAAGCUUAUAAGCAUACAAAUGAAAAUAUGGAGGAAUAAUUAAUUAUUUUGAAGUAUUUUUUUUUUUACAAAUAAUAAACCUUUGAAACCAA